CUCCGGGGGCUCAAGGCCGACAGGCCGACACGUGCGCCCGCCGGUUCUCCUGGAGAGGCGUGGUGCUCGCGGGGAGCAGCCACCACGGGCUCGGCCAGGGCGGCGACAGCCGGCAGCAGGUGCUCGAGGUCGUGGGCAUCGAAGAUGACGGCGAGCCUCGUCGUCGGGGAGGAGGAGGACAUGCUGAGCAGUCUCGCCUUGCACGUGCAAGUGCACCAUACUGGUCACUGCUGCGCAGGCGACGGAAACAUCCCGAGGGCGUCCAUGGACUGGGACUCGAAGAUGACAGCGAGCCUUGUCGUCGGGGAAACGUUGAGCAGUCCCGAGCUGUCCAAGGCAGGGCCCACUUUGGAGCUCAGCACCAGCGCUCUCAAAACCCUUCCGGCCUGCGAGCCGCAGCCCCUGACCCAGACCGAGGGGAAAGCAGGCCUCUGA